AAGAAACCGACCGAAUAACAACAAACCAGACUCUCCCGCACUCCCGCGAGAGUCAGAGUAUUAAUUAACGGCGUUAUUCAAUAGUAGUUAACGGCGAACGUUUCGACACAUUUAAAUUAACGAAUGUCGAGGCGCCAAAAUUUUAUAACAAAAAUCUCAAAAGUGCCCAAAUUUAUCAAAAUCUUUUGAUACAUUGUUUAAUGGUAUUCCGUUUGAUGAUCACGAUUUUGAUCUUAAACCAAGGACUAUGGUGUAACGGUAAUUUACCUUUACAAAAAAACAUUGUGAACGAAACAAAUUCAAAUAUCGCGAAUGUAAAACGAUUUGUGGAUUUUGUUUUAAGUCAAGGAUGAGUGGUUCUUGCGGUGUGGAUAAUUUGGAUUGCCAGUUUUUUAACGGAUAAUUAAAGCUUUGAAGGCCAUUUCCAAGGAACAAUGCUAAGAUACAAUACCGAACAAGUUGCCUCCAUCAUCGCCCUUCCAAUCAUCGUAAUCCUCCUCUGCUGGACAGUGGUCAUAUUCCACAAAAACCGAAAAAAAUGGGGUCCUUACGACAUCCCCAUCGUUUCCGUGCUUAUAUUAAGCAUCCUUAGAAACCUCACAAUAUUCGCCUAUACUUUGGCAAUUAUUUUCACCUUCAACAUUUUCAACACCGAUUAUUGUGGUAUUGUUACUUGGAUAUUUAACUCUAUACACACGUUUCAAGCUUCAAGUUUAACUUCCAUUGCUGUUAUUGGAUUGUUUUCAGCAAAGUUGCACAGGAAAAAUCAAAGUUUGCGUACUUUUUUGACUUCUACGCAUCUAGUUUAUCAUUUGUUCUGUUUGACUACUUUGUGCGCUUGCGUAGGAGUUGCGGCGAUUUUGGCCCAAAAAACUACCUCGACGGCAAAUAUUUUUGCAGACACUGAUAUAAACCCUUGCAGUUUUCUACCAUUCGAACUAGACUUGAAAUUCAAUGUUUUCAUUAUAGUCUUGCACGUGUUUCUGGCCUCAGUUUCAUUUAUAGCUUUUCUCAUGAUUUGCUUCAAUUUUUACAAAAUCAAACGGGAAGGUUUUGAAUACAUCAAGAAAAGCAACUCGGACUUGAGCGAACUCAGUAACAAUUUUCAUGGCAUCAACACUAAUGUCAACGACAAUCAUAAUCGACACUAUUACGACACGUACACUAUAAAUCGUAGCGACAAUAAUAAAUUUUGUAAUAACGAUACUUGGGUCAAUAAUCACUUCAAUAACAGUGAAGUUUUGUCGAAUAAUUCGACCACAGUGAGUUCGACGAAUUCUAGAAGGCCUUGUUUGAGGAGACAGCAUGAGGAGGAGAACGAAGUGGAGGUGAGGAGGACUGGAUUGGAAACUAUGCAUCCUGUGUUGAUUGUCUGUUACCUGUUCUACCAUCUACCUCUGAUUGUUUUAUGCAUCUAUCCCAGACUCAUCCAACCAUGGCCAGUGGCAGGUAUCGCCCUCUGGCUAGGCCUAGUUCAGGAUCUCCUGAUCCCCAUUGGCUUGGGCAUAGUGGAUUCCAGAUUUUGCGGAUGGGUCUCCAAUGUUUACAGCUGCUCGGCAAAACAUACCGACGAAAAACUACCACAAGUUGGCUUGGAUGGAAAGUUUCGACCUUUUGGACUUUCCAGUCAACCUCAAAGCCUCGAUAUUCAACAGGAACGUGCUAAAACCUUGCAGCAAGUAGAACAUAGAUUUCCUAUAACGAAUGGAUCGCUGUACACUAGCAUUGAUGGACGGUUACCUGUGAUACAUAAUUAUAGAAGACAUAAGGAAUUUAGAACAGGUACGAUAAAACACCAAGAUCUGACCUCAUCCAACGUAGCUCUACACUCGUCUCAUCUCAGUAGACGCGAUAUGGAGUCUUCACCUCCUCACAAAUACGCUAGCUGUACCAACUGUCAAAUGGAUCAGUGUCCUAGCCAUUCGGAUUUGCACCAUUUGAGUCCUCAAUAUGUUCAAAGGAAACUAAGUUUUUUGCAUGCCUCUCAAAAUAACGUAUUUGCUUCAAAUGGAGAAAAUAAACUUCAAGGUGGUGAUGGUAAUAAUAUAGAUAUAUUAGCUAAUCAUCAGAAUGGUCUUUUUGUAGGCAACAGGAGGUUACAAAAUACCCAAAACUCCUUGACCCGUAACCAAAUUCGCAUAGAAACCAACAGACAGAGGAGCCACAAGAGAUUGAGCCAAAGCCAAGAAAGCAUCAAUCAUUUAUACUUUGGUAAUCCUGGAACUGAUGCUAAAAUAGGAGACAACAUCUUCUAUCAUAGAUCUGAUAUGAACAUUUCAAGUCCUAACUUCAACUCGAACAAUGACAUGUUCAAAAGUUCAAGGAAACUCUUAAGGUUGAAUCAAAUGCGUCUCAGUCGCAGCGAAGAUUCCUUAACCGACAUACAACUAGAAACCCCCAUUUCAAUAACAGCACAACUAAGAGAACCUACUCUCGAACAGAAAGCUAACUACCAUGAUUCAUCAGACGAAGAAGACUUCUUUCCUAAUAGUGACCAUCAGUUGGUCAAAGAUUACGAUUCUGAAAGCUCCAGCAACUCCAUCACAACAGAAGCUAAUUGUGAUUUUGAAUUUUUUCAAGCUAAAGAUUCCCGCAGCAGUGACAGCAGUGAUUUUGACAAUCAGAUUUCGUCUUAUAAUAACAGAUCCAGCCAGAGUUCGGAGGGUAAAAGUUCCAAAGAAAAACCCAAGCAUGUUUCCAACACAAAAAUCACCAGAUCGAAUUCUAGAAGGUCUUUGGAAAAUUUCCAGGCUUUUAUAGAACAAACUUGUGAUUUUGAUAAGAUGAAUAAUGAUAGCAAUGUCUCAAGAGUAGUGAUUUUGCAUCGAUCAAAUUCUUACAACACGUUGGAUGAUAAAAAAAAGAGGAAACGUGGUAAAAAAGUAUUGAGCCGAAGCAACUCGAAAAUAUCAGGAAACUUGAAAUUAGACAAUGAAAUUGAUUUGAAAAGUAAAAUCAAUAAAUCCGUGGAAUAUUUACCUGAUUCGAUAAACACUGCAGUAUAUUCUGAGAACUUGAAGAACAAUAAUAAUAAGUUUGUUGGCAAUAGUGUGCCUGAUUUUAGGAAAGUGUUCAUUUCGGAGUAUAUUUAGUUUUGUGUGUUUUUAUUGUAUUUUAAAAGUUACCUUGUUUUUACUUUUGUAUAAAGAUUUUAUUACCGUCAUACUUUGUGUAUGGUGACUACUUUAUUAUGUUUUUCGAUUUACGGAAAACUCUACUUGUAUAUAGUAUUUUUAUGUGUUUUGCAAUAGAUUUUAGAUUUUC